AUGGAUGAGAAUGAAGAAAUUGAGGAGGAGUUUGAGGAGGAAGAGGAGAUUUUUGAGGAAGAGGUAAGUAAAUAUUAUAUUGCGAGAUCAACACAACACACCAUCGUUGUCUUAGGUACUCAGACUAUUGCUGGUUUUGACAGUUGAAUAAUUUACACACAUUUCAAUCGGUUAGGCCUUGUGGGCCCUCCAAACUGGUUUUGGGGUCAAUUCAAGGAAAAUUGGAAUAGGAGUCAGAAUUUCAGUUUACUUCCUGAAUUGACUGAAUUGAAAUGGAAUUGGAACCCCAAACCCAUUCCAAACCCACUACCAAUGUUCUUAGGUCUGAGUUCUAUGGCCCCAGUGGGCUUCCCUGGCCCUGGUACUGGUAGGUCUUCAGGUUAACUAGCUAGCUUUACUCAGUCCCUAUGAAUAGGCAACUUAGUUUUGAUACCACCCCAGUCAGCAGUUCAGGAGUCCAGGUGUCUCUGAGCUGUGAGCAGGGUUAGAUUCUGUUUCCGAAGAACACCCAUCUUCCUAUAUGCUAGCUAUAGACAUGGCCCUGGCCAGCCCUGUACAGCCCAGAGAACUGUAAAUCAGACCAGGGACCAGCCAUUAAAAUCAAAACCCCUGCCACUUUCCUCUUUUCUUUGACAUUUUAAAGCCCAGUUAUGAACAUAAAAAGAAAUCACACCCUUUUGUUUACAAUGACCAUCGCACUUAAUCAGUGCAAAGUUCAAAAUGGGAAAACUCCUUUAACUUGAUAGUCGAUAGAAGUAGUAUAAGUACACUUUACCUGACCAACCACCUUAUACUACUGACAACUAUAGGAGCUGAUGUAAUAGGCCUAGUUAUUACACAACAGACAGUGUGUUUAUUUGUCUAAACUUUAUGUUGUUGAUAACUUAUAGGGGAACCCAAAAAUUUUUCUUCCUAAUUGAGGAUGUGGAAGGAACUUCUGAUUUGUUAUUGUUAAAUAUUCAAAACAUUUAGAAAAAUGGGUCAAAACCUCUAACUACAGUAUUUGGAAAGUUAUUGUUUGGUUCCCAUAUAACAUAUCAACUUUUUCAAAGAGAUUUAUCUAUCUUUAAUGCAAAAAUGUAAAUCCUUUGUAAUGCAGAAAAAAAAGACUAUCCUCAAAAUCGAAACACUCUGAUUUCACUACUACUUUCAUCUACACUUUGGAGGACAUUUUUAAAGAGAUUACUUUGAUCUUAAUAGUAAGAUGGCUUCUUUCAUCUGAUCUACAGGCUGGGGAGAAACGUACAGCUGUGCAUGUUAUAGGAUAUACAGUACUCUACAUUGCAGAUAAUAACUGGGUGGAUUGUACAGUCAUUCAGGACAACAGUUUUUUAAGUGGUUAUUGAUAUGGAUUAUACUGUACUAAGUAUUUAAUAUUCAGCAUUUAACGAUUUGAACAAAAUUACUUUCUCGAGAUAGUACAUUGUUUUAUGUUAUGCUACUUUACCCUCUUAAUGUUAAUCAAGUUUAAGAUCAUUUCAACUUCCAAUUUCACAGUAUAUUUUUCUCCCAGUAAGGGAAAUAUUGACUUUGAGCUCUGAGAUGUGGCUGUUAAAACUCUUAGGACGGGACAGGACAUACACAUUUAGCAGUGGACAUAGUGAGAAGUGCUGCCUGCUGUAAAUCACCCGGAGGAAGCUCCAGCAGCCCGGCCGAGGGUCUGCUAACAUCACUCAUAGGAUGUGCUUAGGAGGUUGAUGCGUGUAUAGAGAAACCAACAGGCAACUUGCAGCUAGCUAGAGGAGGAAGGCAGAUCUAAGCUCUGUAGCAGCAGAAUCUUAGCCUGAUCCCAGAUCUGUUUGUGAUGUUUUGCCAACUCCUGACUAGAAGAUUCUACCUGUUCUCUGUCCUCCAUUGUUUAUUGUCAUUACUAAAACCUGUUGGGGAACAACAAGGCGGGUGGGGGGUAGUUCAUGUACCUGUAUGAUUCUCCUCCUGUCUUGUAGAGUCAGAAAACAGCCUCUUACAACUGUUGUUUAAAGUGUUUGCGAUUUUUCCCCAGCUCUGGUCUCUCAGUGGUUCAAUAGGCUGUUUGGCAUAUGAAUCGCAGACCUAUGUUGUGUCGUGACGAUAAUGAUGAUGAUUCUGACCAUUAGUUCAAGGGUUUUCUAUACCGUUCCAUCAGUAGGGUUAAACAUGUUCAUGGGCUGUCCCCUAUUAAUGGUAUGGCAAUGAGUACCUUCCUGAGUUAGAGAACAAUGUAGUCUCACUCUCAGGUCACUCACUGGUUAUAAUUUUGGCUUAGUUCAAGUUAGACACAGGCUAUUCAGGGAACAUGUGUGAGAAUGUUUUUAGUUUAGUAGAGUAUGUUGCUCCGAUUUAAGCUAAUAACAAGGAGAUUUAUUAGAAUAAUCACUAAGGAUUAAAACAGUUUUAGCUGUCUUGUUGAUAUUUGGAUUCAUAGCGACUAUUUACAACAAGGACAAUGGACAUGUAAAUGGCAUAACCAACAAGAAUAGCCAGUGAGGUCAUGUGAGGGUGCAUAUAUUCCCAGGGAUGGUUGGACAGAGGGUUCUGUCUGUCAGACCUGGGAUCAAAUACUAGAAUCUUUCACAUACUUUUAGCGUUUGCUUUAACCUGGAGUGACAGGUGGGCAGGGUUUGCCUUUUUGCAAAUAUUCUAUUGUUUCCAUUGUCCCAGACAAACUCACUCAGUCAAGACCACCUAAAGUAUUUGAAAUUAUUGUAAGAUGUAUUUGAACCCAGGUCUGGUCAGAGGGCUCUGCCAGAUGUAGGCAGGCAACCAGCAGGCAGUCAGUCAGGCAGACAGAGCCGUCAGUCAGGCAGACAGAGCCGGCAGUCAGGCAGUCAGUCAGGCAGUCAUUCAGGCAGACAGAGCCGUCAGUCAGGCAGUCAUUCAGGGCUAUUAUAGGCUCCUACUCCUCUUUCCCCCUGGAAUAGAGGCUUCAUUACACUCUUCAGUAAUCACAGCAUAUUCCAGGAUCCAAAAGGACACCUUCAAAGUCACUGGAGGGAUCAGGGAUAUAUGGAACCUUUUAUUACUUUAUAGUGAAUGUAAUUAUUAUAUCAUUAUGCUAAUUGCAGAAUAUUUGACUUAGCUACUACAACCAGAUAAUUGUGGUGACAGUGCAGAUGAGUAUUAAGUGAGUAUAAGUAUGAGUAUUACUGUUUAUCAAUGUUGUUUACAGUAUAACAAUUAUUGCACCAGAGAAUUAUUGCACCAGAGCUGGGGGGAAAACUCAAUCCAAUACACAUUUGUGAUAUGUCUUCCUUUUACUUGUAAUGGUGAUUUUGAAACCAGCGAGUUGUUCCUAUAUUUAUAGUAUUUUGAGGAGACGGUGACUUCGACCACCUCUCACCAGACCACAACUCAGGUGGGAGCAGAGGUAAAGCAACAGGUAGAAGACAACAGUGAAAUAAACAGCACAAGCAGCUCAUGAUGCUUCGGUUGUGCUUGCAUGUCAUGGGGGUUAUUCCAUAGACGUAGGCCUAACGAAGGAGAGAAAUUCUAGAAAGGAUACUGUUUAAAAAAGCGAUAUGUGUGACCCCGUGGAUUAUUAAACAAACUACCUUGUUUAACAAUUCACAAUUUACUCAAGUCGAGGAAGACAUUUUUUUUGCCAUUCCAAAAGUGAGUUCCCAAACAAAAAGGCGAUUGUUUGGGUAAUUCACAAAUCACGACUUCAUGUAAAAUGUUCUCAGUUAGCCACAAGGCUAGUGAGUGAUUGAUGAAAUAGCCCUCAUAUAGGCAGAUGUUGCUAAAUGAUGCAUGCAGUCAAUUGUGUCUUACUCACCCCUGCUUUUGUCCACUGGCUCAUUCAUGGCCAGUCUCUCCUUUCCUUCCCUUCAGUCUCCUUUCCUUUUCAUUUCCUUCGUUCAUUCCCUUUCCCUCAGUCCCUUUCAUUUCCUUCAUUCAUUCCCUUUCCCUCAGUCCCUUUCCUUUCCUUCAUUCAUUCCCUUUCCCUCAGUCCCUUUCCUUUCCUUCGUUGAGUCCCUUUCCCUCAGUCCCUUUCCUUUCCUUCGUUCAGUCCCUUUCCCUCAGUCCCUUUCUUUUCCUGUAGCCCUGAUAAUAAGUCUUAUCCUCUGUCCCUACUAGACCUUAACCUAGCCAAUACCAUGUUAUCUCCCAUCCCAUUACCUCCAUGUAGAAUGACAUAGUUUUCUAAUCAUUCCAUGUAAUGCCUUGAUGAUAGAGUCAAAUACCACAAUUAGUAGCCUAAGGUAAUAUUUUUUUAAUCAGCCAUUGCAUUGAAUUCUUGCAGGUAAGUGAACUUGGUUGCAGAGUAGCAUGAACUAGCCUAAGUCAUUGUUGCUUUCACAUACAUGUCCCUUUUGUAAGAGACUUAGGAUAGUCAAAAUGUAAUUCACUUUUUUACCCGUUUAUUUAUAUUACACUUAGUAUAAUAUUACAAUUCUGUCAUUGUUAUAGGAGCAUUGAUUCCGUCUUGUUUCUGGUUUCUCCGUAUUGUCUCGCUAGCCUCUUUGUUGUAAGUGGAUGUGUACCUCUGGUCUGGUUUCCUGUCAUAAAGGACCAACAGCCAUAGUUUGUCACAUGACUAACAGCCUUACCACUGUUCCCCAGUCUGGUGUUCCUGUGAGAAGAGUCGUCAGGAAGAAGGCUAAGGUGGACACCUCCAAGUUCAUGACUCCUUACCUGGCCCACAGCCAGAAGAUGCUGGACUUGUUCUCCUACGUAAGCAAGCCCAUUACAACCAGGUCAUGUUCAUUAGGGUACAUCGUAGCAAAAUGUUUUGAAAAGUCCAGGUAGUCCCUUUUCUGUUUCUGUCAGUAUUCUUCCGUAUAUUGCCUAAUGAAGAGAACCCAGGUCAAAUGCUUUUUUCACCACCACCCCUCCCCCCUUUGGUUCAUGAGAGAAAUGGGUGGUCCUCUGUAGCUCAGCUGGUAGAGCACGGCGCUUGUAACGCCAAGGUAGUGGGUUCGAUCCCCGGGACCACCCAUACACAAAAAAUGUAUGCACGCAUGACUGUAAGUCGCUUUGGAUAAAAGCGUCUGCUAAAUGGCAUAUUAUUAUUAUUAUAUUAUUAUAUUAUGCUCACCAGAGUUUGAUUAUGAUGUUAUAUUGUUCCGAUGUGUCCCUAACAGAACAAGUACCGUCAUGCCUAUGACAAGGCUAAGGGGAAACCCUAUGCCAUCUCGGCUGACACCCCUGAGAUGGUGAGGAUCAAGAAGGCUCAGGAACAGCUGUCUGAGGUAUGGAGGCCUCUGUUCUAUUCUGUCGAGUUCUCUGAUAGAUAUCAUAUAUCACAGUCUCAGUCAAUGUUGCAAUGUCACUAAUAAUAAUAUAAAAAUACAACUUUGGUCAAAUUGACACUUGACUCAUUGACCCUACCAGGUGAAGUACCGGAUGGAGGGCAAUAAGGUCAGGUGUACCAGUUUGUACGAUGGGGAGGCCAGAGAGAUCGCCCAUGUCAAGCAUGUCUCGGAGCUGAUCAGCAAGGUUCUGUACAGGGCGAAGUGGGAUGAGACUAAGGACAGGUACUUGCUGCCCCCUGAUGCCCCUGAGCUUGUCCUGGCUGUGAAGAACGCUGCAAACUAUAGCAAGGUAACUUCAUACUGAACAAUACUCAGCCUUCACUCUAGUGGUGCUGUUACAACACUUGUCCCAGGCUGAUUUAUUUAGUCGUAUGAGGUUAUAGUAAUAUUUUAUAUGUAGAUUACUCAAUUCACAUUAAUCUAGAUUGAUCUAAGUAAUUCAUAUUUACUCAAAACAGAUAGAUUGCUUUUCAAUAUUUGAGCCGAUGCAGCUUCUCUUUUUGUUUUUCUGUGGGAUCAGAAACUGUACACGGAGGCCUGGGAUGAGGACAAGACCAUGUGCUACCCUUACAGUGACUCGCCUGAGCUGCGCAGGGUGGCAAAGGCACAGGAGGUCCUCAGUGAUGUGAGUACUGCAACUAUCAAAACUAUUCUGUUGUAUUCUAUUCUACACUUAACUACACUUUUACUUGUGAUUGCAGCAAGUUGAUAUCAGUGUUAUUAGGUCAGUUUUAUAGUACUGUUUUAUAGUUACUGUAAGUUAUAUUCGAACAGCAUUAAUUUCUUACACUGAGUGAUUGUUAUAACCGUUUGUUCCAUGAUGUAAAUGUUUUAAGUCAUAAAUAUCCUUCUCAACAACACUAUUCCUAGAAUGCAGUGAUUGCGUCAGUCAGUCAGCUGAACCACGUCCACGAGUGUGGUGGUUCACUUUGUGCAAUUCAUUGCUCACAUCACAUUACUUGGCAGUAAAACAUCCUACAUCAAUCACACUUCAUGAAAACACUGUUUACCCCCUUCAUUUAAAAACUCUAUUUUUGCUUCCUGAGCUUUUGGGUUUCUGCUGACUCAGAUGUUCCAUAUGGAACCAUUUCCUCUCAGCAACUAUUUCUACAUGUAGGAUGCAAUUAAAAUGGUCACUGCUGUCGCUCUUUUAUUGAAUUGAACUUCAGAUUUCCGCUGAUCCAAUUUAUUGGCUUAUCCAAUUAGAUAUCAUCAAGCAGAACAUUACCACAUGUAGCUAACAGGCACGUGGCAUAGUGGCAUAGCUAACAGGCAUGUGGCAUAGUUGACCGUGUCAAAGGUCAACUAUUGAUUAAAGAUACAUCUCAUCGUGGCCUGGGGUGUCUAGCGAUCAUUGCUGCUGCCUUCAGAGCGGAUAAGCUGGUGUUAAUUUGGGUUUGAAUCUUCUAACACACUGUCCUCCUUACUUUCCUGUCUCUCUUCCGGAUCUCUGUGUCUCUUCUGUUCCUCUCACCAUUCUGUUCUGUUUCUCCCCUAUGCUGCAGAUCCUGUACAAGAAGGGUCAUGCUGAACGCACAGCAAAGUACACCUCGCUGGCUGUCCCUAAUGAUAUGGAGUUGGCCAAGAAAAAUUUCGAACAGCGCAGUGACGUAAGUGGUGUGACACAAACACACAAAACACACACACACACACACACACACACACACACACACACACACACACACACAUACACACACACACUGAUUGAUCGACAAUUGCUUCUCUGUCAUUGCAUCAAGCAAUCACUCAUCAUCCUUGACAACGUUGUAAUGUAGACAUUUGAGAGAAUCAUUAUCAUAGCCCUCAGCUAUCGAGUCCUGACGGAGAGGACAGGGUGGACCAGUGGGUGCUGUCAGUCACUGCCUGACAUGUGUGAAGUCCCCAGCCCUGCUGUCCUUGUCCCUGGGAGACAGAGGGGGUAUGACUGCCACCUGCUCCAUGAUAUUAUUGGAAGGCAGCAGCCCUAUUCUGGCAGACAGACGUGGAGCAACGACAAUAGCCUGAGAUUAUUUGAAAUCCCCACCGCUCCCAACAUGUUUUAUACUCCCCCUGUAGUUGCAGAGGCCUCUACAAUUCCAGCAUCCAUCUAUAAUGUUCAUAUUAUUCUGUUUUGAAUGACUUUUAAGGCAACACUUUGACAGAUAAUAUUUGAAGUAUUUCUUGAUUGUGUCAUGCCUCGAUUUUGCAAUCUUAGUUCAGUAUCUAUAGAAGCAAAGCUUUAGUUCUUCUUAUUUUAAAUGACCCAAUGUCUGACUUUUCCUUGCUUUUCUCUUGCAGCUCAAGUAUCAUGAGGACUACAACAAGAACGUCAAGGGCCACUGGUGCGAGACGCCCUACAUUGAUGUGGCCGUUGCCAGGGUGGCUAUGGACAACAUCAGCAAUGUAAGAGCCCACAAUUGUAUAGCAUAUAGUUAUUGGCAUAAUUUACAUUACAGUAUGUGUUCAUCAAAUCAUAACACGUCAUAUCUAUAUUUGUCUUUUCUCAUUUCAGAAAAAGUACACGGCUGCGUAUGAGGACAUAAAAGACCAAAUAAAUUUUAUGCAAACAGAGACGCCAGAAUACAAACAGAACAAGAAGGCUGGUCACGCUGCCAGCUCGGUGAGUCUAUGAGCCCUCAAAGAGAGGGACAUGAAGGAGCACACACAACACACACAACACACACCAAACCAACCAGCUAACCAACCAGCUAACCAACCAGCUAACCAACCAACCAGCUGUCUACUGCUUCUCUCAGAGAGAAGAAGCAGGGAAAGUGGGUGCUGGCUGAGUAUAUUUUUAUAGAUCCAUCUCAUGCGGCAGCAAGCAGAGAGACACACGACACUGCUUUGACCUCCAGCUCUAAACAGAGCGUGAGUCAACACUGUGACUCUUUUGUCACGCAGACAUCAAGAUGUGCCCACACAUGUUCUGUACCCAGAAUCAGAACACUAGAUAAAGAAUAAAUCACUGUCGUCAAACAGUAGUUUAAAUACAUUUAGGCUAUACCGUAGGUGGUAACAAAACUGUAGCUUUUUGCCUAUUAGCAUUUUUCAAUCAAAUGUUUCAAAACACGGCUUCAUCCACAUACCAACGCAGACGGACAUGUAAAUCCGAAAUGUGCAAUGAUGAGUAAUUGUAUUAACCUUGACAUGAAUCACUGUAUCACAGCAAACCAUAUAUAUAAUGUAUUGACGGACCCAUUCUUCUCUCCUCAGAUCAAAUACAAGAAGGACUAUGAGAAGAGCAAAGCGGUGGCUGACUACAACGUUCUCCCAGCCUCCGACAACCCUCUGCUCAGGCAGCUGAGAUACGCUGGCACCAUCUUGAGUGACGUAAGUGUCUAAGUCGGAGAGACUGAACCAUUGGUCCGAACAGGUGUCAUACUCAAAUAGACUAAAGUUACAGGAAGCUAAACAAUCACAUCUCUUCUAUGAGAGGCAGUCAUUAGUUACAGAAAAUCAUUCAGUAUCCCAUCCCAUGUUCUGGCAGACAACAACAGUUAUCUUUCAUCUCCGUUCUCAAAAGUCACUACUCGUGUUUCAAAUGAACUUGUAUAGUGUUUACUUGUACACUUUUAGCUAGACAGUUGGCAGUUUGCUAGUUCGACAGUUUGCUAUUUGGCUGCUAACAGGGUAUACGUUUUCACAGCAGAUUCUUGCUAGUUAAAUCAUGACAGUGAGUAAGGGUGCACCCCCCUCUUACUGAAUUAUUAAAUGAGUGGUGAUAAUCAAGACAUUCAAGAGCCACUUAUUCUGUAGUUAACCCACUGAAGGUGUAACAUGACCCCAAGCACUACUUUGAUGAGUCUAGUUAGUUACUAGUCACUCACUGUCCAUUUGUUAAUAAUUAGUGUAGCCAUUCACAGAAUCUUAUAUUUGGAAAUAAUGGUUUUACUCAUUUUGCCGAAUUUCAUAAAUUGAAAGCCAAAUACUAACUUUGAUAUGAAUUUGAGGCAUAUAACUACUUUUGUUUGCCAUUGUUUUCUGCUCAACAUUUCUCCUCUGAUCACUCCCUUUGCAGAAAGUGUACAAGGCCAGCUAUGAGAAAUCCAGGGGGUCCAGUAUCAACUACUGUGACACGCCCAAAUUCAAGAUGGACUCUGUUGUACAGAAGUUCAGUGACGUGAGUAUUCCUUUCAUUGUCUUCACUGAUGAGGUUAAUGAUGUUCAUGUUUUUUUUUUUAUUGUUCAACAAAUCAUUGUACAGUACAUUUUACAUUUACAUUUCACAUUUUAGUCAUUGAGCAGACACUCUUAUGCAGAGCGACUUACAGUUAGUGCAUUCAUCUUAAGAUAGCUAGGUGAGACAACCACAUAUCACAGUCAUAGAAAGUACAUUUCUUCUCAAUAAAGUAGCGAUCAGCAAAGUCAGAGCUAGUAAGAAAAGACAAGUGUGAGUGUUAGUUCAAGAAAGACACUACGAAUGGCAGCAACAACCCGACUGAUCAUUUAAAGUGGAUCUCCUUUAUUGUAUGUAAGAGGCAAAUGGAUCUUACAUGGAUUCAUCUUUACUCCCUCUAUCUCCCCUCACAGGUGCAUUAUAAAGACAAGUAUAAGAACGAGGUGAAGGGACGCUAUAUUGGCAGCUAUGAGGAUAUCUACAUGCUUCACUGCAAGAAAAUGGAGGAGAUCAAGAGCGAAGUAAUUAAUGUUGCAUUGUUUUUGUUUUGUUCUCUCCUCUAAUGCAUUGUUAAGAGUAAGACAUUGAUUGUCUCUCAAAUGGCACCUUACUCCCUAUAUAGAUUACUACUUUUAUCCAGGGCCCACUGUACGACAGGCAAGUUCACUCUCAAUGAUUAGAAAGGAAUCAUCUGUUCUUCUGUCUUUUCAGCAAAAUUACAAAGCGGAUUAUGAGGAUAUCAAGACGAGAUGUUUCUAUCCCCAAACCAUGACGGCAGAAUACGAAGCUCAUAAGAAAGUUGCACAGUGUCAAGAUGUAAGUAUGCCUCUUGAAGAAAUAUUGCAAAUUACAACCAGUCAGUUGCACUAUGAUUAGCAUGGAUAAGGCCUUUCAUUGAAAAUUAGAUUGACAUAAUUCUUUGUCUUUUUUAUUCUUGAUAUUGAUAUGUAUAAUUUACAUCUUUUUUUGCAGAAAGUUUACCGGCAACAUCCGGACACAGUGAAAUUUACGCAAGUGACAGACUCGCCUGUUCAAGUGCAAUCCGCCAUCAACGCCAAACAGCUGAGUGAUGUAUGUAUUCAACCUUUACGACAGACCUUAUACGAGUGUUAAGUUCAAUAUUAAAUAGUUACAGUAUGAAAUUACAAUUAGGUCUGUCUGUCUCCCUUGAAAAAUAGGUAUUUUGACCUCAAUGGAACAACCUGCUAAAAAAUAUAUGAUAUAGAAUUUUGUUAGAAUUUUGGAACAAAUACCAAAAAAGAGACCUCAAGGUUGAGCCGUUGCCAUGACACUAAAGGUUCUUGAUGGCUGUUGCCUGAAAAUGUGCUCAUUCAUCCACUUAGCACAUAGCUCAGCUGUCUUCCUGCGGACGCCAUGGAAACCAGAGAGAGCUAUCUCUCUCUCUCUCUCUCUGUAGUAUUAAUAGCAACAUGCGUUCAGUUUGCUGAAAAUAACCCCUAGUCUCAGAUGAGAGGAGGGGGGCUGACAGUUAUGAGAGACAACUCUGAAAAGGAGAGGCUUCACACUCCUCAGAGAUGGGCAGCACUGCCCUCUAGUGGUAUGGAAUGAUCUGUGUAGUAUUCAUAUUCUAUAGCUCUCCUCUGCUGUACAUAGUGCCAACCGUACACUUUCAUGUACCUGACUGUACUGUAUUUUCAUGUGGUUCUUCCUGUCUUUUCCAGCUUAACUACCACGCAGCGUAUGAGUUGGAUAAGUUUAAGUGUGCCCUGCCCCCAGAUUACCCCUUCUUCAUCCAGUCCAGAGUUAAUGCAUUUAACCUUAGUGAUGUAAGUCAAAUUCUGUUGAUGAUACUGUAGGUAAUGUUUUUAUAAUUUAUAAUUUCAUUUGUUAUAAUAUGAUUUGAAAAUAAUGUGCUUGUAUUGACAUAAUUUCACAAUCAUUGUAUUUGGUUAUUGUUGACCCUCAAUGGAUAAACCCUCUGGUUUUUUACUUGCAUGAUACUGAUAUCCUACAUGUAUUUUUAACUCUGCGCAGAAUUGUUACAAGUAUGAUUGGGAGAAAGUAAAAGCCAAGCAGUUCGAGGUCAAGGGUGAUGCUAUCUCGAUCCUUGCAGCCCGUGCCCACACAAACAUAGCCAGUGAUGUGAGUAUGCACUGAAAUAAACAUCUACACUUCCAUGUAAAUGAUUGUUCAUAUUGAUAAUGCUGACUAUUUCCUUUGGUGUACUGUGUAGUAUAGGCAUUCACCUAACUUUUGCUCUUUGCCCUCAGGUCAAAUACAAGAAGGAUUUUGAAAAGAACAAGGGAAAGAUGGUGGGAGCCCUCAGUAUCCGUGACGACCCCAAGAUGCUGCACUCCAUACAUGUGGCCAAAAUACAGAGUGAUGUAAGUCAUUUUCCUGCCAGGGAAUACAGAUUAGACUACAAAUUAGCCGGCAAGCUUAAUCUGGCACAUUUGAAAUGUUGGUUGAUGUGUAUUGUCUUUGACAAACCUUGUUUUAGUAUGAAACAGAAAUAUGAGGACAGUGGCUGUCAGUGUGGCAGGGGUAUAGGCGCUCACUGUGACUCGUCCCAACUUUAUAUUAAAGAAACACUUUUUUAUCAUAGAGAGAAUGUGGUGCCUCACCUUCUAAUUCUCUCAAACUCUCUCCGCAGCGUGAGUACAAGAAGGACUACGAGAAGACAAAGACCAAGUACAUCACCACGCUGGACAUGAUGUCUAACACCCUGGCCAAGAAGUCCCAGGGUAUCGCCAGCAUGGCCGGCUACAGAACCAUCCACAACCGCUACCUCCUGCCCUACGACGCCAUGUCCCUGGACCUGGCCAAGAAGGCCAACAUCAUCCAGAGUGACGUAAGAACACCAUCACCCAGAUUGAUUGAUAGAUAGAUUAAUUACUCUGGUUGAUUUAUCUAAUUGAUUGAUUGAUUGAUUUGGUUUGCUUUCAUCCUAUUAAACGUCUGGGGAAAAGGUUAUAAUAAUAUUGGAGCAUUUCAAAACCGGUAGAAGUAUACUGAAAGUAAUACUCCCACUACUUUAUUUUCCCUCUCUACAGAAUGAAUACCAUUCAGACUACAACAACUUCACCAAGGGAUCUGGUUGGGUCACCUUCGGCUCCAUGGAAGUGGAGAAGGUCAAGAAAGCCGGAGAGAUCCUCAAUGAGGUAGCUACUACAACAUGAUCUAGUUGAAGGUUUAAAUUAAAACACAACAAGAUUGGUUUCAUCUGCUUUGACAUAGGAUGUGUUCCCUUUUCUCCUCUACUUCAGAGAAAGUACCGUCAGCACCCAGACACCAUCCCCUUCACCGCCAUCGCUGACCACCCUGUCAUGAUGCAGGCCCAGGUCAACCAGCUAAUGAGGAGUGAUGUGAGUAUUAUUAUAUUAUUAUUAUUGGAUGAUAGAAUCGUGUUAUUCAGAUAAUUUAGACAUCAUGGGGCGGUUUCCUGAACACAGAUUCAUGUUAGUCCUGGACUAAAAAGCAAUUUCAAUGGAGAUCCUGUGUCGAGGAAACUGUGUACUUCAUAGAGGUUACAUAUUCAACUUAGUACAAAUAUGAUUUUAAAAAAAUAUAAAUAAAGAUGAAACAAUCAGUAAUUAAUGUAUUACUAUUUUAUAUCUAUAAAUAUGUGUUUGUGUACUCAUUUGUAUUUGUAUUCUUCUUCCCCUGCAGCUUCACUACAAGAAGGGUCUUGAGGAGAUCCACCAGAAGUACUCACUACCCCAUAAUGACCCCCAGUUCCUUCAGGCCAAAUGCAACGCCUACAACAUCAGCAAGGUACUGUUGACCAAGACUAAUAAAUUAUGCCUCAUAUUCAUAUUAAAUAAAUGAAUUGUCAAAUGUUUUAUCAUAUUACCAUCGCCUGCCCUUUAUAUAAAGAGCACACUGCUCUGCACUGUGUAGACAUCUUUCCUCCAAAUACAACUGUGCCUUCUUGGGUGUGCACUGCAUAUAUAUACUGUGUUAUAUUCGUGUCUCAUGGAAACAGUGUAUUUAUAUACCAUAUUGGUUUAUUUCAGAACUACUACAAGCAAAGCUGGGAGGAAACCAUUGCAAAGGGCUACGACAUGAGGUCAGAUGCUAUCUCUGUCAUCCAUGCUAAGCACGGCAGACAUAUUGCCAGUGAUGUAAGUACACAAUAAAUCCCCAGGACAACAUAAAGAGCUAUACUGUAUGUAGUCUGUAUAGUCAACAACAAUGUUCCUACGUUGAAUAGUGUCAGAUGAUCAGAUUAUUAUUUUACUUCUUCCUUUUAGAUCCAGUACAAGAAAGACCAUGUGAAGGGAAGAGGCAAACAAGUCGGCUGCCGUAAUCUUCAGGAUGACCCCUUGCUAGUGCACUACAUGCAGGUGGCCAAGAUGCAGAGUGAGAGGAACUACAAGAAGGACUACCACAAGUCCAAGCUGAAGUACUGCUCCCCAGUUGACAUGAUGAGUGUUGCACAUGCUAAGCAAGCCUCUGCAGUGCAAACCUAUACUGGCUACAGGAAGAUCCAACACCAUUACAGUCUUCUACCAGGGGCCAUGAACCUUGAGCUGGCUCGCACCAUGGACACCAACGCCAGUAGUGUAAGUACUCUGACUCCUACCCAGGGAUAGAGCAAAAUAAUUUUCCGCACUGGCUAGAAGGGCGAUUUCUACCCAGGUGACAUUCUACUAGUGAAGGGUCCAAAAUCUGUGCCAUGUGGUAUUUGAAAAGAUAACAUUUCACUGGCCUGGUGGGCUAGUUUGGCACAUUUUCUACUAGCCUGGUUUAAAAGGUACUAGCCUCAGGCCUUUGGAAACUCUAGCUUCAACUUGUAAGUUGCGAUGCUGCAUCUUAGAUUUUUACUGUAGUGGUUAUUUGCAGCAUUUCUCACAUUGUCUCCUCUCCUUGCCGGAUGCAGUUGAACUACAAAGCGGAUUGGGAGAACUUUGUGAAGGGAACUGGCUGGAUCCCCAUCGGCUCCAUUCCAGUGGAGCUAGCCAAGCAGGCCGGGGCCGUUCUGGAUGAGCACAAGUACAGGCAGCACCCUGAAAACUUUAAAUUCACCAGCAAGAUGGACGGCAUGAAUAUGGAGCUGUGCAAGCAGAACCAAAAGAUUAUGAAUGUUGUGAGUAGUAUUUACUUACUAGAAAGGCCUAAAUCAAAUCUCUAGUUGUCCAUUGAAUUGAAGUUUUCCAUUGAAUACAUUUUGUUGAAAUACAUUUUGUAUUUAAUUCAUUUUGUUGGAUGGAAUUUAAUUGAACUGAAUAGAACUGUUGAUUUAAAUAUGUUGUUGUUAUGAUGUGUUUUUUUGCAGCAUGACUAUAAAGCCAGCGGAGAGAAGUUCCUGCACACCUACAAUCUCCCUGCAGAUGCACCAGAGUUUAUGCAAGCCAAAUACAAUGCUGUCAACAUCAGCAAGGUUGGUUACAUGUUGAUCACAGUCCAUACUAUUAUAUACCUUUGCUAUCAUACACAAUCAAAACACAUAUAUAUUCAUCUUCCAUGCAUUAAUUGAAAUGUGCCUUCAUUUAUACUGUAUAGUUGGUUAUAUGUUGACUGAUCACAGUCCUAUUUUACACAUAUAUAUUCAUUGAAUGCUUUUAAACACAGUUAAUAUACACAUAUUCAUUGACCAUGAUGCAUUAAUUGAAAUGUGUCUGUAAGUAAUGUGUUUAUUUCUCUUUCUCUUCAUCACAGAACUAUUACACGUACGCUCACCGUCAAGACAUUCUGAAAGGACACCAGAUGAAGGCAGACGCCAUCCCCAUCACUGCUGCCAGGGCCUGCACUAAUAUUGCCAGCGAUGUACGUAUGGAUUGGAAGAAAUUGGAAAUCUGUAUUUGGGUUUAUUGAUGAACCAUAAUUGACCAUAAUCAUGACAUGCUAUUCGUGGUAUUUACAUUCAUCAUUGUAUUUCCUGUACAGUACAAGUACAAGCUGGCGUACGAGAAGGGAAGAGGCAAACAUGUCGGCUUCCGCAAUGUUAAGGAUGACCCCUUGCUAGUGCACUACAUGCAGGUGGCCAAGAUGCAGAGUGAGCAGAACUACAAGAAGGACUACCACAAGUCCAAGCUGAAGUACCACUCUCCAGUUGAUAUGAUGAGUCUUGUACAUGCUAAGCAAGCCUCCGCAGCGCAAACCUAUGCUGGCUACAGGAAGAGCCUCCACAACUACACUCUUCUCCCUGAGGCUAUGCCUGUUCAGCUGGCUCGCACCAUGAUGGAGAUCCAGAGCAACGUGAGUUCAUUUCGAUAUCCUUGCCAUUCAAUACCAUAAUGAUGGUACGAAACUGGGCUUGGCUGUGUAACUGUACUAUCGACAAUAGUAGUAAUGGUUUUUGUGAACAAUAGUAUAUUUUGAGUGAGAGAAAGGGUACCUGUCUGAUACCUGUCCUGUCCUGAUACGUGACCUGUUCUGAUACCUGUCCUGUCCUGAUACCUGCCCUCUCCUGAUACCUGUCCUGAUACCUGACCUGAUACCUGUCCUGAUUCCUGUCCGGAUACCUGCCCUGAUAACUGUCCUGAUACCUUCCCUGAUACCUGUCCUGUCCUGAUACCUGUUCUAUCCUGAUACCUAUCCUGUCCCGAUACCUGCCCUGAUACCUGCCCUGAUACCUGUCCUGUCCUGAUAUAGGUCCUGAUACCUAUCCUGUUCUGAUACCUGUCCUGACACCUGUCCUGACACCUGUCCUGAUACCUGUCCUGAUACCUGCCCUGAUCCCUUUCCUGAUACCUGUCCUGUCCUGAUACCUGCCCUGAUACCUGUCCUGAUACCUGCCCUGAUACCUGCCCUGAUACCUGCCCUGUUACCUGUCCUGAUACCUCUCCUGUACUGAUACCUGUCCUGUCCUGAUACCUGUCCUGGUACCUGUCCUGACACCUGUCCUGAUACCUGUCCUGGUACCUGUCCUUAUACAUGUCCUUAUACCUGUCCUGGUACCUGUCCUUAUACAUGUCCUUAUACCUGUCAUGAUACAUGUCCUUACACCUGUCCUGAUACCUGUCCUUAUACCUGUCCUGAUACCUGUUCUAAAACCUGUUUUAAUACCUUUACUGAAACCUGUCCUGAUACCUGUCCUGUCCUUAUACCUGUCCUUAUACCUUUCCUGAUACCUGUCCUAAUACCUGUUGUGAUACCUUUCCUAUUUCGCUGUGUGUCUCUACAGAACGCCUACAAGUCUGACUACAACAACGUGUACAGGGGUUCUGGCUGGGUUCCUAUUGGCUCUAUGGGGGUGGAGUUGGCUAAGACAGCCAUGGCUGCCCUAAAUGAGCACGGCUACCGUGUGCACCCCAGCACCCUGAAGUUCACCAGUCUGACUGACCAGAUGAACAUGGCCCUUGCCAUGACCAACACCAAGUUACUUGAUGACGUAAGAACUAAAACUAACUUUGAUUAUUGUUUAUUGUUUUUUUUAGGAUCUAUUUUAGCUCACCAAGGCUAGUCUUUCAGGAGUCAUACAUUUAUUGAGUUUACAUAAAAGAUAUGAGGAAAUGAAUGGUUUUCAUGUAUUUAUUCCAUGUAUUUUAUUCCCUACUAUGGAUGUUGAAUGUGAUUACCUGGUUCUUUCUCUCUGUGCAGGCUUCAUACAGAGCGUCUGGCGAGAAGUUCAAGCAUACCUACAACCUGCCUGCAGACAGCCCUCAGUUCCUCCAGGCCAAGUACAACGCCCAGACCAUGAGCGAGGUCAGUACACACCCACAAACACACACAGACUCAAUUUCUCUGACAUUUUAAAGAUGUGCAAGUACAAGUAUUGCCUACAGAUAGGCGAUGUUUGACUGUGUUUGACUGUGUUUGACUGUGUUUGACUGUGUUUGACUGUGUUUGACUGUGGUUGACUGUGGUUGACUGUGGUUGACUGUGGUUGACUGUGUUUGACUGUGUUUGACUGUGGUUUCUUUGAUUUCUCUUAGUCUCACUACAAGCACAAGUGGGUGGAAGAUGUCGCCAAAGGAUACGACAUGAGGUCAGAUGCUAUCUCUGUCAUCCAUGCUAAGCACGGCAGACAUAUUGCCAGUGAUGUAAGUACACAAUAAAUCCCCAGGACAACAUAAAGAGCUAUACUGUAUGUAGUCUGUAUAGUCAACAACAAUGUUCCUACGUUGAAUAGUGUCAGAUGAUCAGAUUAUUAUUUUACUUCUUCCUUUUAGAUCCAGUACAAGAAAGACCAUGUGAAGGGAAGAGGCAAACAAGUCGGCUGCCGUAAUCUUCAGGAUGACCCCUUGCUAGUGCACUACAUGCAGGUGGCCAAGAUGCAGAGUGAGAGGAACUACAAGAAGGACUACCACAAGUCCAAGCUGAAGUACUGCUCCCCAGUUGACAUGAUGAGUGUUGCACAUGCUAAGCAAGCCUCUGCAGUGCAAACCUAUGCUGGCUACAGGAAGGUCCAACACCACUACACUCUUCUCCCUGACUCCAUGAACUUUGCGUUGGCUCGCACCAUGAAUGCCAGUUCCAGUGAUGUGAGUUUUUGUGACUUCAUCCUAGUACCAGGGGUGUACGUUUUCUGUUAAAUAGCUUUCGGGUAUCAAAUACUUCAUUCAUUUGCCUUUGUUUUUUUCUCCAGCACGAGUACAAGUCUGACUGGAACAACUUCGUGAGAGGAACUGGAUGGAUUCCCAUUGGCUCACUGCCGGUAGAGCUUGCAAAGGUUGGCUCGGACAUCCAGAGUGAACAUAAGUACCGUACACACCCCUCCAAAUUCCAGUUCAAGAAGCUGAUGGACUCCAUGGACAUGGUCCUGGCCACUGACAACAACAAGAUCAUGAACAAGGUACACUAUAAACUGUAACGCCAUAUUGGAAAUUAAAAAAAUGUGAUGUUUUCUUGUUAGUCCUAAUGUUAUUAUUUAUCUAUGUUUGUGUCAAUUACAUUGCAGCAAGAAUACACCAAACAAUGGCACACGGAUAAGCUCAAAAUCCAUGUGAUGCCAGAUGCCCCUGAGAUUGUCCUGGCCAAGGCUAAUGCUAUCAACAUGAGUCAGGUAUGAUCAUCAAGUCACAUCUUCCAAUAUCACUACUAACUAAUAAUGUACAUGACGGUAUACUCGUUGCCCCUUUCUAACUAGUUAUUAUCAUUUUAAUGAUAAUCUAUAGAAUCUAAACUACUUUCAAAAGUCUUUGAAAAUCACAGACAUUCAAACUGUAAUUUAAAAGUGAGAACCCUGUAUUUAAUGGUCAUUUUUUGGCUCUGUUUCUAAGCUCCGUCUAUAUACAUUUUCAGAAACUCUACAAAUCCGGUCUGGAGGACAUGUAUAAAAAGGGCUACGACCUCAAACCUGAUGCCAUCGCCAUUCUGGCUGCCAAGAAAGGCACUACCAUUGCCAGUGACGUAAGUGGAAAAUAAUUUCAUUUCUGCGUUUGCUUGCUGCAUAGACCCUGUUUCCUUGCCAGCUAUAUAUUGUAUAACUAUUAAGUUAACUAUCUAAGAUGUGCCAAAUAAAUUCUCUCCAGCUGGGUUUUGCUAAUGUUGCUCACUACUAAUGUUAGCUAAGCUUCCAAGACCAAGCUUCUUGGUGACAGCAGCAGAGACAAUCCCCUCCUCUAUUAAGAUGCCUGCUGUCUAAUAUUUGUUUGUGCGUGCUGCAAACUGCGUUUUGAGGUACUUGCAUAAUUUUAUAAGCUGGGUUGUCUGUCCUAGUAGGAAAUGUUGACAAACAAAAAGGUGUAAUCGCAUAGAGCUAACUGCAUUAUUCGAUUAAAAAAAGUAAUAAUAAUCACUGCAUUAGGGAUAGCGUGCACAGACGUUUCGGCUUUACUGCCUUCUUCAGUGAGAGGAUACCUGGCUUGAUGAAGCCCCAAAACAAGUUAAAAGCUUGAACAGAAGCCAGUUACUUAAUAAAUCCCAUCAAAAACGGUUUUCCUCUCUAGGUUUCUUCCUAUUUCUGCCUUUCUAGGGAGUUUUUCCUAGCCACCGUGCUUCUACAUCUGCAUUGCUUGCUGUUUGGGGUUUUAGGCGGGGUUUCUGUAUAGCGCUUUGUGACAUCUGCUGAUGUAAAAAGGGCUUUAUAAAUACAAUUUGAUUGAUUUUCUGUAAACUAUAAACAGUGGCUUGCGAAAGCGUUCACCCCCCUUGGCAUUUUUCUUAUUUUGUUGCCUUACAACCUGGAAUUAAAAUUUAUUUUUGGGGGGGUUGUAUCAUUUGAUUUACACAACAUGCCUACCACUUUGAAGAUACAAAAUCUUUUUUAUUGUUAAACAAACAAGAAAUAAGACAAAAAAAACAGAACAUGAGCGUGCAUAACUAUUCACCCCCCCCCAAAGUCAAUACUUUGUAGAGCCACCGUUGGCAGCAAUUACAGCUGCAAGUCUCUUGGGGUAUGUCUCUAUAAGCUUGGCACAUCUAGCCACUGGGAUUUUUGCCCAUUCUUCAAGGCAAAACUGCUCCAGCUCCUUCAAGUUGGAUGUGUUCCGCUGGUGGACAGCAAUCUUUAAGUCAUACCACAGAAUCUCAAUUGGAUUGAGGUCUGUGCUUUGACUAGGCCAUUCCAAUACAUUUAAAUGUUUCCCCUUAAACCACUCGAGUGUUGCUUUAGCAGUAUGCUUAGGGUCAUUGUCCUGCUGGAAGGUGAACCUCUGUCCCAGUCUCAAAUCUCUGGAAGACUGAAACAGGUUUCCCUCAAGAAUUUCUCUGUAUUUAGCGCCAUCCAUCAUUCCGUCAAUUUUGACCAGUUUCCCAGUCCCUGUCGAUGAAAAACAUCCCCACAGCAUGAUGCUGACUCCACCAUGCUUCACUGUGGGGAUGGUGUUCUCGGGGUGAUGUGAGGUGUUGGGUUUGUGCCAGACAUAGCGUUUUCCUUGAUGGCCAAAAAAGCUCAAUUUUAGUCUCAUCUGACCAGAGUACCUUCUUCCAAAUGUUUGGGGAGUCUCCCACAUGCCUUUUUGCGAACACCAAACGUGUUUGCUUAUUUUUUUCUUUAAGCAAUGGCUUUUUUCUGGCCACUCUUCCGUAAAGGCCAGCUCUGUGGCGUGUACAGCUUAAAGUGGUCCUAUGGACAAAUACUCCAAUCUCCGCUGUGGAGCUUUGCAGCUCCUUCAGGGUUAUCUUUGGUCUCUUUGUUGCCUCUCUAAUUAAUGCCCUCCUUGCCUGGUCUGUGAGUUUUGGUGGGCGGCCCUCUCUUGGCUGGUUUGUUGUGGUGCCAUAUUCUUUCAAUUUUUUAAAUAAUGGAUUUAAUGGUGCUCCGUGGGAUGUUCAAAGUUUCUGAUAUUUUUUUUAUAACCCAACCCUGAUCUGUACUUCUCCACAACUUUGUCCCUGACCUGUUUGGAGAGCUCCUUGGUCUUCAAGGUGCCGCCUGCUUGGUGGUGCCCCUUGCUUAGUGGUGUUGCAGACUCUGGGGCCUUUCAGAACAGGUGUAUUUAUACUGAGAUCAUGUGACACUUAGAUUGCACGCAGGUGGACUUUAUUUAACUAAUUAUGUGACUUCUGACGGUAAUUGGUUGCACCAUAUCUUAUUUAGGGGCUUCAUAUUAAAGGGGGUGAAUACAUAUGCACGCACUACUUUUCCGUUAUUUAUUUUUGGUUUUCUUUGAAACAAGUUAUUUUUUUUCAUUUCACUUCACCAAUUUGGGCUAUUUUGUAUAUGUCCAUUACAUGAAAUCCGAAUAAAAAUCAAUUUGAAUUGCGGGUUGUGGUGCAACAAAAUAGGAGAAAUGCCAAGGGGGAUGAAUACUUUUGCAAGGCACUGUACUUACUUCGAUAGCCGAAAUGGCAUCAAGUCUAUUGUCAAUAAACACUGGCGUAUAUAAUCAUCAGACUCCUCUUUAGAUUCUGGCUACUCACCUAUAAACCAUGAAGAAAUGUAUCAAACAUAUUGGUUAAAUCAGAUGUGGUCAGAGAGAAAAAAAAAGGCAUUCAUAAAGGAUGUAGAUCAUGUACAUCUCCUGAGUGGCGCAGUGGUCUAAGGCUGUGCCACUAGAGAUCCUGGUUCGUAUCCAGGCUCUGUCGUAGACGGCCGCGACCGGGAGACCCAUGGGGUGGCGCACAAUUGGCCCAGCGUCGUCCAGGGUAGGGGAGGGAAUGGCCGGGUGUAGCUCAGUUGGUAGAGCAUGGCGUUUGCAAUGCCAGGGUUGUGGGUUCGUUUCCCACGGGGGGCCAGUAUGAAAAAAAUAAAAAAAAAAAAAAUAAUGUAUGCACUCACUAACUGUAAGUCGCUCUGGAUAAGAGCGUCUGCUAAAUGACGUAAAUGUAAAGCUAUCAACUGCUAUCAAUUGUGUAGAGAAUUAAUGUGUUGAUCAGAUGCAGCUUCUGUGGGCCUCCCGAGUGGCGCAGUGGUCUAAGGCAGUGCUAGAGGCGUCACUACAGACCCGGGUUCGAUCCCGGGCUGUAUCACAACUGGCCGUGAGUCCCAUAGGGCGGCGCACAAUUGGCCCAGCGUCGUGAGGGUUUGGCUCGGUACUUGGUACUUGGCUCGUCGCGCUCUAGCGACUCCUUAAGCGGGUGGUUUGGCGGGUCAUGUUUUGGAGGACACAUGACUCGACAUUCGGCUCCUGAGCCAGUUGGGGAGUUGCAGCGAUGAGACAAGAUCAAAAUUGGGGAGAAAAAGGGGGUAAAAUACAAAUAAAUAAAAUAAAAAAUAGAUCCUGCUGCUUCUGGAAUUGACUAAACACCUGUAUAUUUUUACAGUACAAGUACAAGCUGGAGUACGAGAAGGGAAGAGGCAAACAAGUCGGCUGCCGUAAUCUUCAGGAUGACCCCUUGCUAGUGCACUACAUGCAGGUGGCCAAGAUGCAGAGUGAGAGGAACUACAAGAAGGACUACCACAAGUCCAAGCUGAAGUACUGCUCCCCAGUUGACAUGAUGAGUCUUGCACAUGCUAAGCAAGCCUCUGCAGUGCAAACCUAUGCUGGCUACAGGAAGGUCCAACACCACUACACUCUUCUCCCUGACUCCAUGAACCUUGCGUUGGCUCGCACCAUGAAUGUCAGUUCCAGUGAUGUGAGUUAAGCAGUGUGACAGCAGUUACAUAGUAACAUAGUUCCAACUAAACAUAGUAAACAUUGGUGAUCAAUUAUACAUUGUUGCCACUCAUAUUAUUGUUUUGCUAAUCACCCUUUUUUCAACCCUAAUGUCUUUCUCCAGCACGAGUACAAGUCUGACUGGAACAACUUCGUGAGAGGAACUGGAUGGAUUCCCAUUGGCUCACUGCCGGUAGAGCUUGCAAAGGUUGGCUCGGACAUCCAGAGUGAACAUAAGUACCGUACACACCCCUCCAAAUUCCAGUUCAAGAAGCUGAUGGACUCCAUGGACAUGGUCCUGGCCACUGACAACAACAAGAUCAUGAACAAGGUAUGCUCAGACCGGACGUGUACAUUUGUGAAAAAUAAAGCUGUUAUCACAGUUUGUUUCUAAUGUUGCGUCUCGUAAUGAUAGUUAAUUGAUAAUAAUGGUUAAUUGAUUGGUGAAUCAUUUUGAUUGCAGCAAGAAUACACUAAACAAUGGCACAAGGACAAGCUCACAAUCCAUGUGAUGCCAGAUGCCCCUGAGAUUAUCCUGGCCAAGGCUAAUGCUAUCAACAUGAGUCAGGUAAGGCUACCUUUUUCGAACAUGUAUGUUACCAUCUAUCAUCAAAAUAUUCCUCUUUCUAUGCAUCAUGCUUUUACAAUAUAACUUGAAAUAUGUCUUGGAACUUGAAGUAUUUAGCAAUUGUUAUUUUGGUCAUAUUUUUAUAAAUAGUUUCUCCUCCAUUCCAGAAAAGCUACAAAGCAGGUCUGGAGGCGAUGUAUAAUAAGGGUUACGACCUGAAGGUUGAUGCCAUCGCCAUCCAGGCUGCCAAGCAGGGCACCAAAAUCGCCAGCGACGUGAGUGACUCAGACUAACAAUAAACAAUAAAAGGCUUUAAAACCAUUUUACAAUCUGCUCCAGCCUCUCCAACAUCUGUAUGUGUAUGUGAGUCUAUCAGAGGGGUUGGGAUAAAACAGAAGUAGAAUUUCCAUUGGAACUUGUAUACAAUAAAUUAUUCUUCUUCGAAAUAUUAACUUUCGUCCUGGGAAUAAUACAUUGUUUAUUUACACAGUACAAGUACAAGCUGAAUCACCAGAAGAAUAGGGGAAAACAAGUCGGCUGCCGUAAUCUUCAGGACGACCCCUUACUGGUGCACUACAUGGAGGUGGCCAGGUUGCAGAGUGACAAGAACUACAAGAAGGACUACCACAAGUCCAAGCUGAAGUACCGCUCCCCAGUAGACAUGAUGAGUGUUGCACAUGCCAAACAUGCCUCCACAGUGCAGACGUAUGCUGGCUACAGGAAGAUCCAACACCACUACACUGUGCUUGCUGAUGCCAUGAACGUGGAGUUGGCUAAGCAGAUGCAGACGAUCGCCAGUGAUGUGAGUAGUAUUUUAUUUUUCACUGACCAUGAUUUAUCCACUCCCCUAUUCUGAGCUGUUAAACCACAUCCAAAUCUGUUAUAAUUUAAAAUUAAAAUUAAAUUUGUAUUUUUUGCAGAAUUUGUACAAAAGUGACUAUGAGACUAGCAUCAAAGGCACAGGAUGGAUUCCCAUUGGUUCUCUGGAUGUAGAGAAAGCCAAAACAGCUGGCCUGAUUGGCAGUGAGAAACUUUACCGCCAACACCCCAGUGGCUUCAAGUUUACCAAAGACAUGCACUCCAUGGACCUCGUCCUGGCCAGUGCUAACAAUGCCAUCAUGAACAAGGUCAUUCUUUGUAUCUAUGUCUAUGCAUACUGUAUAUGUAUACAGUAUAUUAUAUACAAUACAAAUACAUGGUGAUAUAUCAAAACACUAACAAAUAUAUCUGUCUUAUAGCAAACAUACAUUGACGCCUGGAAUAAGGAUAAGACCGCUGUCCACAUGAUGACAGACUCAAUGGAGGUGGUUUUGGCCAGAGCCAACAUGAUCAACUGCAGUGAUGUAAGUCAUCCCUUCCGCACCUCAUUGUAGUGUUCAUUUAGGCAGUAUUUUCAUAAUUCAGUCAUUCAAAACAUGUUUUGUCUUCUCCUGUACAGACACUGUAUAAGCUUGCCAAUGAACAGGACAAGAAGAAGGGUUAUGACCUGCGCAACGAUGCUAUUGCAAUCCAGGCAGCCAAACAGGGCACAUCCAUUGCUAGUGAUGUAAGUAAAACACAGUUUUUUUAAUGAAACCUUUUUUUUAAUGAAACCUAAUUAUCAAAUUUUUAUGUAUUAAGUUCAAAUACAGGGCUGGCUACCGUAAGCAGAUUGGCCACCACAUUGGAGCCCGCUGCAUUGAGGAUGACCCUCUGCUCAUGCUGGCUCUGAACUCAGCCAAGAUUGCCAGUGAUGCUCUGUACAAGAAAGACUUCCACAAGUCCAAGACGAGGUUCCAUCUCCCAUUGGACAUGAUGGCCUUCGAGUUGGCCAAGAAGAACCAGAUUCAGGUCAACCAUGCCAAAUAUGUAACUCGCCUGCACAACUGGACCUGUCUACCAGACUCCAGUGAUGUCGUCCAUGCCAGACAUGUCUAUGACAUAGCGAGUGAUGUAAGUAUGAAUUAAGUAGAUCAUGUUUUUCCAGUGUAAUUGUCUUUAUUCCGUCCAUUUUGACCAUUGUGGUAUUGUUGUGUCUAGGCUGUGUACAAGGCUGAUCUCAAGAAUCUGCAAGGUAUCGGAUGGGUUCCCAUCGGCUCACUUGAUGUUGAGAAGGCAAAGAAAGCCGGGGAGGUCCUGAGUGAGAAGCUGUAUCGUCAGCACCCAAGCAACUUCAAGUUCACCAGCUCAGUUCAAGACAUGGGAAUGGUUUUGGCUAAACAAAAUAAUGAUAAUGCCAACAAGGUAUUUGGCUAACUUGUAUAUCUUUAUUAAUAAUUUGCCCUUGAAUGUAUCCCCUAGUUGAUUAUAUUCAAAUAAUGAUUCCAUCAUUUAAACCUGCUUUAAGGUAAUCUGAUCUCCCCUACUUUGCAUUAUAUUUGAGCCAAUGAUAUGAAGAGGCACUUCAUGUUGUUAGUUUGAACUUGAAACUCGUUAUUGCAGCAAGCUUACACUGAGGCAUGGGAGAAGGACAAGACCAAGAACCAUAUUAUGCCAGAUGCGAUGGAAGUGGUUUUGGCCAAUGCAAACAAAUCCAACUACAGUUGGGUAAGUAAAUGAUAGCACAAAGGUAACCCUCCUGAUGAAUGUAUACAUUCAAAAAGAAUACUUAUUGUUUUUUUGUUUUGUUUUCUGUAAAGUGUGUUGUAACUUUGUUAAAUGCACUUUAAAUAAAUUGUGAUUUGAUUUGAUUUGAAAUACCCAUAUAUAUGGAUGUUUUUUUCUUGUUCUUCAUACAGAACCAGUACAGAAAAGCAAUGGAAGAGGAUAAGAAGAAGGGCUAUGAUUUGCGCAAUGAUGCCAUUGCUAUCAUCGCAGCCAAGCAUGGCAGGGAAAUUAUCAGUGAUGUAAGUUAAUUGAACAUCUAUCCAUCAUAACCGAUUAUAGUUCUUUACUGUUUCAUGACACAAUACAAAAAAUGUACUUCUGGGAAAUAAAGACAAUCCUCAAGACUGCCAUUUCAUAUUUGCUUUCUAUAGCACAAGUACAAGACUGGCUACCGUAAGCAGGUUGGCCACCACAUUGGAGCCCGCUGCGUCGAGGAUGACCCUCUGCUCAUGCUGGCUAUUAACUCAGCCAAGAUUGCCAGUGAUGCCCUGUACAAGAAGGACUUCCACCAGUCUAAGACCAAGUUCCACCUCCCAUUGGACAUGAUGGCCUUUGAGUUGGCCAAAAAGAACCAGAUUCAGGUCAACCAUGCCAAAUAUGUAACUCGCCUGCACAACUGGACCUGUCUGCCAGACUCCAGUGAUGUCGUCCAUGCCAGACAUGUCUAUGACAUAGCGAGUGAUGUAAGUAUGAAUUAAGUAGAUCAUGUUUUUCCAGUGUAAUUGUCUUUAUUCCGUCCAUUUUGACCAUUGUGGUAUUGUUGUGUCUAGGCUGUGUACAAGGCUGAUCUCAAGAAUCUGCAAGGUAUCGGAUGGGUUCCCAUCGGCUCACUUGAUGUUGAGAAGGCAAAGAAAGCCGGGGAGGUCCUGAGUGAGAAGCUGUAUCGUCAGCACCCAAGCAACUUCAAGUUCACCAGCUCAGUUCAAGACAUGGGAAUGGUUUUGGCUAAACAAAAUAAUGAUAAUGCCAACAAGGUAUUUGGCUAACUUGUAUAUAUUUAUUAAUAAUUUGCCUUUGAAUGUUUCCCCUGGUAGAUUAUAUUCAAAUAAUGAUUCCAUCAUUUAAACCUGCUUUAAGAUUAUCUGAUCUCCCCUACAUUGCAUUAUAUUUGAGCCAAUGCUAUGAAUAGGUAUUUCAUGUUGUUAGUUUGAACUUGAAACUCGUUAUUGCAGCAAGCUUACACUGAGGCAUGGGAGAAGGACAAGACUAAGAACCAUAUUAUGCCAGAUGCGAUGGAAGUGGUUUUGGCCAAUGCAAACAAAUCCAACUACAGUUGGGUAAGUAAAUGAUAGCACAAAGGUAACCCUCCUGAUGAAUGUAUACAUUCAAAAAUAAUACUUAUUGUUUUUUUGUUUUGUUUUCUGUAAAGUGUGUUGUAACUUUGUUAAAUGCACUUUAAAUAAAUUGUGAUUUGAUUUGAAAUACCCAUAUAUAUGGAUGUUUUUUUUCUUGUUCUUCAUACAGAACCAGUACAGAAAAGCAAUGGAAGAGGAUAAGAAGAAGGGCUAUGACUUGCGCAAUGAUGCCAUUGCUAUCAUCGCAGCCAAGCAUGGCAGGGAAAUUAUCAGUGAUGUAAGUUCAUUGAACAUCUAUCCAUCAUAACCGAUUAUAGUUCUUUACUGUUUCAUGACACAAUAUAUAAAAUGUACUUCUGGGAAAUAAAGACAAUCCUCAAGACUGCCAUUUUCAUAUUUGCUUUCUAUAGCACAAGUACAAGACUGGCUACCGUAAGCAGGUUGGCCACCACAUUGGAGCCCGCUGCGUCGAGGAUGACCCUCUGCUCAUGCUGGCUAUUAACUCAGCUAAGAUUGCCAGUGAUGCCCUGUACAAGAAGGACUUUCACCAGUCUAAGACCAAGUUCCACCUCCCAUUGGACAUGAUGGCCUUUGAGUUGGCCAAGAAGAACCAGAUUCAGGUCAACCAUGCCAAAUAUGUAACUCGCCUGCACAAAUGGACCUGUCUACCAGACUCCAGUGAUGUCGUCCAUGCCAGGCAUGUCUAUGACAUAGCGAGUGAUGUAAGUAUGAAUUAAGUAGAUCAUGUUUUUCCAGUGUAAUUGUCUUUAUUCCGUCCAUUUUGACCAUUGUGGUAUUGUUGUGUCUAGGCUGUGUACAAGGCUGAUCUCAAGAAUCUGCAAGGUAUCGGAUGGGUUCCCAUCGGCUCACUUGAUGUUGAGAAGGCAAAGAAAGCCGGGGAGGUCCUGAGUGAGAAGCUGUAUCGUCAGCACCCAAGCAACUUCAAGUUCACCAGCUCAGUUCAAGACAUGGGAAUGGUUUUGGCUAAACAAAAUAAUGAUAAUGCCAACAAGGUAUUUGGCUAACUUGUAUAUCUUUAUUAAUAAUUUGCCCUUGAAUGUUUCCCCUAGUUGAUUAUAUUCAAAUAAUGAUUCCAUCAUUUAAACCUGCUUUAAGGUAAUCCGAUCUUCCCUACUUUGCAUUAUAUUUGAGCCAAUGAUAUGAAGAGGCACUUCAUGUUGUUAGUUUGAACUUGAAACUCGUUAUUGCAGCAAGCUUACACUGAGGCAUGGGAGAAGGACAAGACCAAGAACCAUAUUAUGCCAGAUGCGAUGGAAGUGGUUUUGGCCAAUGCAAACAAAUCCAACUACAGCUGGGUAAGUAAAUGAUAGCACAAAGGUAACCCUCCUGAUGAAUGUAUACAUUCAAAAAUAAUUCUUAUUGUGGAGAUACUGAUAUCUAUGGAUGUUUUAUUUUCUUCUUCAUACAGAACCAGUACAGAAAAGCAAUGGAAGAGGAUAAGAAGAAGGGCUAUGAUUUGCGCAAUGAUGCCAUUGCUAUCAUCGCAGCCAAGCAUGGCAGGGAAAUUAUCAGUGAUGUCAGUACUUAUUUUGUUAUCACGUUAUCACAAAGGAACUGACUAUAUCAAUACUGUGACACCUUUAAUUUACUGAAAUCCCCAUUACACACUUUCUACCUUUUUGGUUCGGUAUAGUACAAGUACAAGACAGGCUACCGCAAGCAGGUUGGCCACCACAUUGGAGCCCGCUGCGUCGAGGAUGACCCUCUGCUUAUGCUGGCUCUGAACUCAGCCAAGAUUGCCAGUGAUGCUCUAUACAAGAAGGACUUCCACCAGUCCAAGACCAAGUUCCACCUCCCAUUGGACAUGAUGGCCUUUGAGUUGUGCAAGAAGAACCAGAUCCAGGUCAAUGACUUCAACUACAGAACUCACCUGCACAACUGGACCUGUCUGCCAGACUCCAAUGAUGUCGUCCAGGCCAGACAUGUCUAUGACAUUAAUAGUGAGGUAAGUUUCAAAAGUUCCUCCAGCUCUUUCCUGUAAAAUUUGUACUCACAUUGUUAAUGAAACAUCCUGGAUUGGUCAAACCCAGUGAUAAAAGGUUACCGAUGGCAACAUGUAAUGGGAGUAUGAUAUCCCUCUUAGGCGGUGUACAGGGCUGACAUGAAGUGGCUCAGGGGAAUGGGAUGGGUCCCCAUUGGCUCACUUGAUGUGGAAAAAGCCAAGAAGGCCGCCGAGAUCUUGAGUGAAAGGAAAUACCGCCAGCACCCCAGCACUCUGGCCUUCAAAAGUCCCCUCGAUGGCAUGGAUAUCGUUCUGGCCAAAAGUAACGCCCAGAUCAUGAACAAGGUAAACUUCAACUAACUUCUUCCAACUAACUACACAGUUUCCUGUUACAGCAGAAUUCAAUAAAAUAAGAUCGAUUUUGGGGGUUUUAUGGAGCUGCUGAAAAAAUGUGCAGUGUUUGUACACUAAGGCAUGGGAGGACAAAGUCCACCCCAACAUCAAGUCUAAUACCCUAUCUAAUACUGUACAUAGACACAGUGUCUAAUACAUAUACUGAGUGUACAGCUCUUUCCAUGACAUAGACUGACCAGGUGAAUCCAGGUGAAGGCUAUGAACCCUUAUUGAUGUCACCUGUUAAAUCCACUUAAAUCAGUGUAGAUGAAGGGGAGGAGACAGGUUAAUGAAGGAUGUUUAAGCCUUGAGACAAUUGAGACAUGGAUUGUGUAUGUGUGCCAUUCAGAAUGUGAAAUAGCAAGAAUAAAGAUUUAAGUGCCUUUGAACGGGGUAUGGUAGUAGGUGCCAGGCGCACCGGUUUGAGUGUGUCAAGAACUGCAACGCUGCUGGGUUUUUCAUGCUCAACAGUUUCCCGUGUGUAUCAAGAAUGGUCCACCACUCAAAGGACAUCCAGCCAACUUGACACAACUGUGGGAAGCAUUGGCGUCAACAUGGGCCAGCAUCCCUGUGGAACGCUUUCGAUACCUUGUAGAGUCCAUUCCCCGACGAAUUGAGGCUGUUCUGAGGGCAAAAGGGGGUGCAACUCAAUAUUAGGAAGGUGUUCCUAAUGUUUUGUACACUCCGUGUGGAUGCUUUUUUAACUAUGUCUGUCACUCAGACCAGUCGUUUAGAUCAAGGGUUCCCAAACCUUUUCACUCUGCCCCCCUUCCAGCUCCCCCCUGAGCACGCGUGCACGCGCCACGUCUAUUUCUAUGGGCAGAAGCACUGUUCAUGACACAAACUGUUCACACCCCUCUUUUUGGUGGAGAGAAUUUUGCAGGUUUAAAGCUUAUUUCCUGCAAUUCUACACAUUUUGUCAUUACAUUUGUGGUGCAAAGAACAUUUUACAGUUUUAAAGCCCAUGUCUAAUGUGUAUUCAUGUGAUAUUUGAGUGACAAAAAAAUUACAACUAAAUCUAUGGGGUUAAAAACCUAAAUAAAAAAUGAGCUAGUUUAUCUGGACAUUUCUGACAAGUUAUAAAUAGCUCUCUAAGGUAUUCAAUGACUAACAUGACAAGGAACUGAUGAUGCACUACCCAAUUUCGAAAUUGCACCUUGUGCAUUCUACUAUUACAACUUUCAAGAGUAAGUUUAAAGGGACCCUGGCAGGGGAGGGGGGGGGGACCCCGGCGCCAACCCCUGCCGACCCCUUGCACGCCCCACGGUUUGGGAACCACUGGUUUAGAUGAUCAAUCUUUCAUUUCUGUUUGCUUUUCUGUCUGUGAGAAAUGAAGUGCAAAAAAUAUAUUGUUGUUAUUAUUAUUUUCUUAUAACAUAGCAAUUUUUAUCUCGUAUUUCAGCGCCAGUAUGUUGAACAAUGGGAUGCUGAUAAGAUCAAAAUCCAUGUCGGCAAUGAGCUUCCAGAACUUGUGCUGGCCAAGGCCAACGCGAUCACCAUGAGCAACGUAGGUCCUCCUUACUUUACCUUAAGAUGUUUUUGUUCACUCAAGUUGAUCUAGUUGUAUCUAUAUGUACUGUAUAUGUACUGUAUAGCUAUCUGAUCUAUAUAUCUGUCAACCUCUUCCAUGUUUUGCGACUCGUUUUUCUUGUUCUUUCUCCUUUUUAUAGAAACUGUACAAACAAGGAUAUGAUGAUACCAUCAAGAAGGGCUAUCACCUUCCUGUCGAUGCUAUCUCUGUCAAGGCUGCCAAGCACGGUAGAGAGAUUAUCAGCGAUGUGAGUACUGUAUUUUUGUCCCCCUUUUUUCACAUUAUUUUUUUCUCCAUCAUUUGACCAUUUCCAAAGCCUUAAGCUACAUUAUCAUUGAUGUAAAUUACAUUUUUAAGACGUUUUCCUAAUUAUUAAAGUGCUAAGGAAGCGUUAUACUAAUAACAAUUCCUGAAUCAAUUCCUGAAAAGUGAAUAACUCAGGCAUAAAUACACUUGAAAUGUCUUCUUUGAAACACUGACAAAUUUAUAAGGAAAAGACAUUCAAUAAGUGCACCCUUGUCUGACUGAAGAAGGUACACUCAAAUUAUCUUCUGAUCUCUUUCAGUACAAGUACAAGUCUGGCUACAGCAAGCAGGUUGGGCACCACAUUGGAGCGCGCUGCGUUGAGGAUGACCCUCUGCUCAUGCUGGCUAUUAACUCAGCCAAGAUUGCCAGUGAUGCUCUAUACAAGAAGGACUUCCACCAGUCCAAGACCAAGUUCCACCUCCCAUUGGACAUGAUGGCCUUCGAGUUGUGCAAGAAGAACCAGAUCCAGGUCAAUGACUUCAACUACAGAACUAAACUGCACAACUGGACCUGUCUGCCAGACUCCAGUGAUGUCGUCCACGCCAGGAGGGUCUACGAUCUGCAUAGUGACGUAAGCUCCUUCUCAAUAUACUGAAUCAAAUGUUUUGUUUCUUUUCCAUUAACCCACUUACCAUUUUUUAAAAUGUAGUCAGUAAGUGUGAUUGUUUGUUUGAUUGAUUGAUGCUCUCCACUCCUCAGGCUGUCUACCAUGCCGACAUGGAGUUCAUUAGAGGUACUGGCUGGGUCCCCAUCGGCUCUCUGGAUGUGUUGAAAGCCAAGAAAGCUGCAGAGAUCCUGAGCGACCGCCUCUACAAGCAGAAACCAGAUACUCUUAAAUCACAC